AUGAGUCUAAUGCGUGCUUAUGUGAGAGUUAAAUAUGGAAUCUAUUUGGAUUCCUCUAGUGAUGAAAAAGAGAAAGCUUUGAUAGUGUUUACACAACUAUGUUUGGAUGAACAAUUGCGUAUUAUUAGACAACCUGUACCAAGGGAGGUACAGACACGUAGUGUAAUAACGCGUGAUCGAGUGUGGCAUGAUGACAAAAUGAUGAAUGAUUAUUUUACGCCUGGAACUGGUUAUACCUCAAGAAAAUUCAAACAACUUAUAGGCAUGAGGGAAUGCUUAUUCGAGAAAUUGUUAGGAAAAUUGCUUGAAGUUGAUCCAGAAUGCCAACAACGUCCAGAUGUAACCGUUACUAUGGGGCAUAUGAAAUUAGUUGUCGUGAUGAAAUGUUUAUGCAAAAAUUGUCCGGUAGCUUUGCAAGGAACUUACCGGGGUAAAGAUAAAGAGAGUAGUUUGGUAUUAGAGGCGGUGGCAUCAUACGAUUUGUGGUUUUGGCAUAUUUUUUUUGGAAUGCCUGGAUCAAACAACGAUUUGAAUGUGUUGGCACACUCUCCUCUUUUUGAUAACAUGCUAAAGGGUGUAGCACCUCCAUGCAAUUAUGUCAUCAAUGGUCACCACUACAAAAUGGGUUAUUUCUUAGCCGAUGGUAUCUAUCCAAAGUUGACUACAAUUGUACAAGCUUUCUCUCAGACAUUGGACAUUCCCGACUAUGUGAGAUUCAACAAGUAUCAAAUGGCUAAAAGAAAGGAUGUCGAGCGUGCUUUUGGAGUUCUCCAGGGUAAAUUCAGAAUUUUCGGAUCUCCAUGUAAGUAUUGGCAUCAAUCUAACUUGAACCUUAUUAUGAAAUGUUGUCUUAUUUUACACAACAUGAUUAUCGAGCAUGAACAUCGGGAUACGGAUUGGGGCAGAGUAAAGAUUCAUCCUCUGAAUCAUCAGAUAAAGAGUAAAGAAUUUUAA